GUUUUUUAUUUAUUACGGUGGGUGCCACAUAUAGAAAAGCCCAGCCCAGCCCAGGUAUUACGUUGAUGUCCAUAAUACCGAAGCAAAACCCUACUCGUGCUGUUUUAUUUGCGCAAGCCCUAUUCGUGCUUUAUCUGCCCCUCUCUUCCUUCUUCAACCUUCACGGCAGAACUCUCUCAAGCACCGCCACAAUGGGUCGCGUCCGCACCAAGACCGUGAAGAAAUCCUCCCGCCAAGUGAUCGAGCGCUACUACUCGCGCUUGACCCUCGACUUCCACACCAACAAGAAGGUUCUGCAGGAGGUCGCCGUCAUCCCGACGAAGCGUCUCAGGAACAAGAUCGCCGGAUUCUCUACCCAUCUCAUGAAGCGGAUCCAGAAGGGACCUGUCAGGGGCAUCUCGCUGAAGCUCCAGGAGGAGGAGAGGGAGCGCCGCAUGGACUUCGUCCCCGAGGAGUCCGCCAUCAACACCGAACGCAUUGAGGUCGACAAGGAGACAAUUGAAUUGCUGACUUCGCUGGGCAUGGCUGAGCUCCCAGGAGUCGUAGUCAAGGAAGAGGAAUCCGGCGCGAUGGCCGUACCUGGAUUCGCCGGCGGGCGUGGUGGAUUCGCCGGUGGUCGUGGUGGAUUCGGCGGCGGUGGCCGGUACUGAAAGGCUCAUGUUCUUCUUUUUCCCUAAAUAUAUCAAUCAGUUCAGUUUAGGCAACGCUUCUCCAAUGUUUUGAGUUAUGGUACUGCUGGAAAGAUGAAUACUUUCUUAUGUUUUGAAUGUUUGUUUUUUUUAAAACUUCUUCCUGGUUUAUCAUUAUCGCAUAAUUUGAGAUCUUAUCAUUUUCCUAUAGUUCUUGCAUGUCUCUUGCUCAACCAAAAGUGGGUUUUAUUGAUUUAGAUUGCGCAAUUUUUUUAGUUUGCCG